AUGUCUACCAACUCUAUUAAGCUCCUGACUGGCAACAGUCACCCGGAGCUUGCUAACCUAGUUGCUGAUCGGCUCGGCAUUGAGUUGACCAAGAUUAUGGUCCUGCAAUACUCCAACCAAGAAACUAGUGUCACAAUCGGAGAGAGCGUCCGGGACGAAGAUGUCUUCAUUCUCCAAUCCACGAAACCAAAUGAUAUCAAUGAUGGACUCAUGGAGCUCCUGAUCAUGAUCAACGCUUGCAAGACCGCCUCAGCCCGCCGCAUCACAGCCGUCAUCCCCAACUUCCCUUACGCCCGCCAAGAUAAGAAGGACAAGAGUCGUGCUCCCAUCACCGCCAAGUUGAUGGCCAACAUGCUCCAGACUGCCGGCUGCAACCAUGUUAUCACCAUGGACCUGCACGCCAGCCAGAUCCAGGGCUUCUUCAACGUCCCCGUCGACAACCUGUACGCCGAGCCCAGCAUGCUCAAGUAUAUCCGUGAGAACCUCGACGUCAGCAACUGUGUCAUCGUCAGCCCGGAUGCCGGCGGUGCCAAGCGUGCUACUGCCAUUGCUGAUCGCCUGGACUUGCAAUUCGCGCUUAUUCACAAGGAACGUGCCCGUCCCAAUGAGGUCUCGCGCAUGGUCCUUGUCGGUAAUGUCAAGGACAAGAUCGCUAUCAUCGUCGACGAUAUGGCCGACACCUGCGGCACACUUGCCAAGGCUGCCGAAACCGUCAUGCAGCACGGUGCUACCGAAGUCAACGCCAUCGUUGUGCACGGUAUUCUGUCCGGCAAGGCGAUUGAGAACCUGAACGGCAGCUGCCUCAAGCGCAUUAUCGUCAGCAACACUGUCCCAUUGGGCGACAAGCAAGAGCAGUGUGACAAGAUCCAUACGAUCGAUAUCAGCCCUACACUGGCAGAGGCAUGCCGUCGUACACACAACGGCGAGUCAGUUAGCUUCUUGUUCUCGCACACUGUGGGGUAA